GGUUGACAUUUUAAGUUAGGCAACCCACACACACCCAUAUACAAUUUAUUAUUAUUAUUUUAAACUUUUUAACUCAUUAUAGCCAAUGAUUUAGUCAAAUUAAAUCUGUCUGUUACCAUGGCAAUAUUGAAUAUCAAACAACAGCUGACUAUCAAAAACUUUGACGUUUACCUGUCAAAAUCCCGGAUAAUUUGUGCAAUAAUAAUACUAUUGAGCUUGUGCACAAUGGGUUCAGCGGAAAAACUAAUCAGCUUAGAGUUCGAGGUGUUUGGAAGGGUACAAGGUGUCUUUUUUCGAAAGUUUACACAAAAAGAGGCGUUGAAGUUGGACCUCAGAGGAUGGUGUAUGAAUACAACCAAUAAUACAGUCAAAGGGUACUUGGAAGGACCCAUUGAUAAAAUUGCUAAAAUGAAAACCUGGUUGCAAAAAACCGGGAGUCCUCAGUCAAGAAUUGAUAAGGCUGUCUUUACUAAUGAGCAAGGCAUAGCAACAUAUACAUGUGAUACAUUUUCAAUUAAACGUUAAAUUAUUUUCUGUAGCUCAGUAUUAUAAAUAAAAGGCAAUACAUUUAGUUUUAUUGCAUGUAGAGAUGAAAUAA